GGGGCUCUAACGGCGCUUUCUGGGCCGCGGGGCGUGAUGGGAGUUGUAGGCGCGGGUAUAAUGAGGGUCAAUGGGGCCGCGGGGCAUCAUGGGACUUAGAGGCACAGCGGUAAUGGCGCGCUAUGGGCGCCGCGAGGCAUUAUGGGAGCUGUAGUCCCGGAAGUCGCUGCAAUGGAGCGCUUGGGGAUUCUGGAGAGCACUUGAGGGCCCACAGGGGCCUCAGGACCGAUCCGAUGGGGUCGGGAAGGCCUUGAGGGGAUGUUGCGGGGCUCUAACGGGUCUCUUUGGGGCGCAGGACGUGACGGGAGUUGUAGUUGGCUGAGAAAGAUGCUGUGGCCGCGGGGGAUGAUGGGAGAUGUAGACACACUUAAAUCCGGAUGGGGCGCAGGGCAUGACGGAAGCUGGAGUCCCAGCUUUGAUGGCGCUCUGUGCGUACCGCGCGGCAUGAUGGGAGCUGUAGUCCCGAAGGCGGCGUUAGGAGGCCUCUGUGGUUUGGGCCACUUGUGGGUCUGAGGAGGCGUUUGGGGGUCCCGAGUGGGCUCGGGGAGGCUCCCGGGGGGGCGCCUAUGGGGCACACGGAUGGGAAUAAGAGGCUCUGUGGAGCGCGGGGCCUGACGGGAGUUGUGUGCACGCCGCCAUUACGCGUCUUUGGGGCCGCGAUGCAUGACGGGAGUUGUAGGCUGAACGCGCCUAAAAUGGCGCCUACGCCAGGCCCCGCCCCCAGAUUGUGUUCCCAGGUUCUGAUUGGUUGUUUGCCGUGACAGGCAGGCGCUUUACCCAAUGGAAGGCAGCGAAGGGAUCAAAGGUCACGGAAUGGAGCGGGAAAGGCUCGGGGCACUGGUGAUACUGGGAGUUCUGUCUCUGGCCAGAGGGGACCCCCCUGAUGCCGCCAAUCCCUUCCAUUAUGACUGGUGUCACCUGCGCGUCGGUGGCCUCGUGGUGGCCGCGGUGCUGAGCGUGGUGGGGAUCAUCGUCCUGUUCAGUGGGAUGUGCAAGUGCCGGAGCAAGGCCAGCCGCCGCCGCCCGCCCCCAGAGCUGUCACCUGUGCCUGGGACAGGAGCCGCCAGCUCGUGCUGAGCUGUCCCCAAAUGUCCCCAAACGAGGUGACACAGGAGGGGGGAGGGGCAGGGUUUAUUUGGGGGCUGAACUCCUUUCCCAAAUGUCCCCAGAAUGUCCCUGGAAAGGACAAUGAAUAAAAAUGGGUGAAAAAACUGGAUUUUGGUCAUUGGGGGAGGGGCAGAGGGGACACUGAGGCGAUGGUGGCCUUGGGGACAUCGGGGCCUUGGUGGCACCAGGAGGGGACAUUGGGCUGACAGUGGUGGCCUUGGGGACAUCAAGGUGACAGUGGCACCAUUGAGGACACAAGACCGGUGAUGACACUGAGGUGGCAGUGGUGGCUUUGUUGGCUUUGGCCAACGCUGGCCUUGGUGACAUCAGGGUGACAGUGGCCUUGGGGACAGCGGCAUGGUGGCAUCAGCAGGUGACACGAGGCCGAGGUGCCAUCAGGUCGCUGGUGGCCUUGGGGACAUUGGGUGAGGGUGGCACCAGGAGGUGACACCAAGGCAGGGGUGAUGCUGGGGGUGACACUGGUUGCCUUGGGGACAUCGAGGCAAUGGUGGCAUUAUCGAGGACAUGAGACCAAUGGUGACACUGAGGUGACAGCGGUGGCCUUGGGGACACUGGGUGAUGGUGGCACCAGGAGGGGACAGCAGGGUGACAGUGGUGACCUUGGUGACAUCAGGGUGACAGUGGCCGUUGGGACAGCGGCAUGGUGGCACCAGCAGGUGACACGAGGCCGAGGUGCCAUCGGGUCGCUGGUGGCCUUGGGGACACUGAGUGCUGGUGGCACCAGAAGGUGACACCAAGGCAGGGGUGACACUGGGGUGAUAACGGCCUUGGGGACAUUGAGGCGAUGGUGGCACCAUCAAGGACACGAGACCAAUGAUGACACUGAGGUGACAGUGAUGGCCUUGGGGACAUUGGGUCAGUGAUGGUGUCCUUGGGGACAUCAGAGCAAUGGUGGCACCAGGAGGGGGACAUCGGGUCAAUGGUGGCCUUGGGGACAUUGGGUGACCCCAGGUCCCUGCUGGUGUCUGGUCAAUGUCCCCGUGUCCCUCAGGUGACCGAGCCCUCGGGGAUGUCCCAAUGGUGUCCCCAGGUGUCCUCGGUGACAUGAUGGCCACUGUCCCCUGAUGUCCCAAUGUCCUUGGCGGCAUGGUGGCCACUGUCCCAGCUGUCCCCUGAUGUCCCAAUGUCCACAAUGACGUGAUGGCCACUGACCCCAGAUGUCCUUGGUGACAUGGUGGCCACUGUUCCCUGAUGUCCCCUCAUGUCUCAACGUCCUUGGUAACACAGUGGCCACUGUCCCUGUUGUCCCUAGGUGCCGAUGUCCUCGGUGACACGGUGACAUAGUGGCCACCAUCGCCUCACAUCCCGAUGUCCUCAGUGACACGGUAGCCACUGUCCCCUCACAUCCCAAUGUCCUCAGUGACACGGUGGCCACUGUCCCCUCAUGUCCCAAUGUCCUUGAUGAUGUGGUGGCCACCGCCCCAGCUGUCCCCUCACAUCCCGAUGUCCUUGGUGACACGGUGACACAGUGGCCACUGACCCCACUGUCCCCUCACGUGCUGAUGUCCUCGGUGACGUGGUGGCCACCAUCCCCUCAUGUGCCCAUGUCCUCGGUGACACAGUGGCCACUAUCCCCUCACGUCCCAAUGUCCUCGAUGACGUGGUGGCCACUGUCCCCUCAUGUCCCAAUGUCCUCGAUGACGCGGUGGCCACUGUCCCCAGAUGUCCUUGGUGACAUGGUGGCCACUGUCCCUGCUGUCCCCUCACGUGCCGACAUCCUCAGUGACAUAAUGGCCACCAUCCCCUCACGUCCCGAUGUCCUCGAUGACACGGUGGCCACUGUCCCCUCACAUGCCGAUGUGCCUGGUGACAUAGUGGCCACUGUCCCUGCUGUCCCCUCAUGUCCCGAUGUCCUCGGUGACAUGGUGACACAGUGGCCACUGACCCCACUGUCCCCUCACAUCCCGAUGUCCUUGGUGACAUGAUGACACGGUGCCCACCAUCCCCACCGUCCCCUUAGGUGCCGAUGUCCUCGGUGACACGGUGACACAGUGGCCACCAUCCCCGCCGUCCCCUCACAUCCCGAUGUCCUCGGUGAUGUGCACGUAGAUCUGCGUGGCCCCCUUGAAGCUGGUGGCCAGCAGGAAGUGCUGCCGGCCCGCGGUCAGCACGACGAAGGUGCGGGGCGUGGGCGCUGUCAGCUCCUGGCCGGGCUCCAGGCGGCUGCCGGCGCCCAGGCGGAACACACGGCUUGGCGCAAAGUCGUUGCCCAGCAGGACGUAGCGCUGGCCUGCCAGGAGCAGCGGCUGGAACACCAGCAAGCCGCGGGCUGGCACCUGCUGCACCUCACGGAACCCUCCCAGCGCAUCACCUGUGGGGUUGUGGAGUCAGGUAUGGGGUUAUGGGGUCACUCGUGGGGUCAGCACCUGCUGCACCUCGCAGAACAUGGAGCCCUCCCAGCGCAUCACCUGUGGGGUUGUGGGGUCAGAUAUGUGGUCAGGGGGUCAGUUAUGGGGUCAUGGGGUCAGUUAUGGGGUCAGUUAUAGGGUCAGGGGGGACAGGUCAUGGGGUUACUCGGAGGGUCAGCACCUGCUGUACCUCACGGAACAUGGAGCCCUCCCAGCACAUCACCUGUGGGGUCAUGGGGUCAGGUAAGUGGUCAGGGGGUCAGCCAUGGGGUCAGUUAUGGGAUCGUG